UAGACGAAGGAAUUCAUGUCCGGUAGUGUGCAAGUGAAGAGUCCAAAAAUGACAGGAAAGUUAAUUUUUGUGAUAGUUGUAGCUUGGUCGCUUCAUAUGGUGACUAACAGUGAAGUAGAAGAACAGUGUAAUUUGGAAGAGGACACUGAAGCAAAAACUGGGGGUGGAUGUGGUUGUGGUGGGGCAAACAGAAAAAAACCUGAAGAUUCAGAUGUUGAAAAAAAUGAACAAUCAGAAGGGAGACCCAGCUGGAAAUACAGUGAAAGUGCCAAUAUUCCUUCUGAUAUUCGAACUGAUCAGAUGGUGAAGAUACCUGGAGGAAAGUUUAUGAUGGGUACCAAUCAUCCCCAUUUUGAGGCAGAUGGGGAACAACCAGCUAGAUGGGUAGAAAUUGAUUCAUUUUAUAUGGAUGUCUAUGAAGUAUCAAAUGCAAAAUUUCAACUCUUCAUCCAAGCUACUGGAUAUACAACAGAGGCUGAGAAAUUUGGAGACUCCUUUGUGCUAGAGAGUGAGUUAUCACCAGAGGUCAGUGCCACGAUACAACAAGCAGUAGCAGCCAGUCCUUGGUGGGUGCCUGUAAAGGGAGCCACAUGGAAGCAGCCAGAAGGGGUGGAUUCAGAUAUAUCAGAUCGUAUGGAUCAUCCUGUUGUUCAUGUUUCCUGGAAUGAUGCAGUUGCUUAUUGUAAUUGGAUGGGGAAACGACUUCCAACCGAAGCUGAAUGGGAACGAGCUUGUCGAGCGGGCAAAGAAGACAGACUGUUUCCUUGGGGUAACAAAUUCAAGCCCAGUGAUGAAUUCAGAGCAAACAUUUGGCAAGGAAAAUUCCCUCAAGAAGAUACUGGAGAAGAUGGGUGCUUGGGACGUUGUCCAGUUACAAAAUACCUUCCUAAUAAAUAUGGUUUAUACAACAUAGUUGGGAACGUUUGGGAGUGGACAGCUGAUUGGUGGGAAGUUAGCCACUCUCCAGGCCCAAAAGUUAAUCCAACUUUCAAUUUCUUCACCACCGAAUAGAUGCCAGUCUGUUUACGGAAUUUUUCGAACCACCCAUGAGAAGCCUUGAAGUCUGGGGUUGCCGUCGAUGUCCCUUCUCCUUCGUCGUCUUCGACUUGGGCAAUCAAAUUGCCGAAAAUAGCACUGGCCUUCUGGUAGAUUGCCGUCUCGGUUAUCGUAUCGCCAGCGAUUUCUUUGUCCUCAAUCCAUAGAAGAAGCAGCCUCUCCAUUUCAUCAUGCACAUGGCUCCUCUUGUUGGACAAAAUAGUCACGCCCUUGGAAGGUGUAGCUGCUUUGAUGGCUUCCUUUUGCUUAAGGAUGGUGCCUAUCAUCGAUGGACUUCAGCCGUAUUCCUUAGCGAUCACACUCAACUGCAUGCCAGCUUCAUACUUUUUUAUUAUCUCCAUUUUUGUCUGCAUAGAAAGCAUUCUCUUCUUUCUGUGAACUUCAGCAACUUUCUUGGGACUCAUGACUAUACUGUACUUAAUUAAGUUAUGUAGUAUACUAAUUAAGUUCUCACACAACACGAUAAAGUAGUACAACGAAAUCUCUAACACGAAUUUAUGUUAACAAACGAAAUCAUAUAUGUGAACGAACUAAUUCCGUGUGCAUACGAUAACGCUGGUGAGAAGCAAUGGCCGAAGAAGAACGCAGGUACGUACAAUGCAUGAUGAGAUCAUGGGAGAGAUGCUGACCUAUAGGAGAGUAGGAUCUUAUGGAGGUGACUAGCAUCAGGAACCAAUGGGAGAGCGGGAGGAUGGUGGCGAGUCUACUCAGUUGGCAGCGCGCGAGUUUUAAAAUUGUUAUCGGUGGUCCGGGCAAAUCUCGGACUUUACAGCAACAACCUUUCGUAUCUUGAACAAUUUUUUUAUGUAGAGCCACAAAAAUCUUCGUAUUUGCUUUCGUAUCUCGAGUUUUUCGUAAGUUGAGCCUUUCGUAUCUUGAGGUACCACUGUAUUAAUUUUCAAAUAAUAUUAAGUUUAAUGAGGUUAAACAAUAACAAUAAAGAUUUUUCUCUCUCUCUCUACUUAUGUAUGUUUAUUUGUUUUGUAGUAUGAUAAAUAAAUAAUUUACCAAAGAACUAAUUUUCAAAUAUAAAUAAGAUUAAUAAAAGAUAUAGCGAUUCCCAACCUUUUUAUCCACUUUGAGAAAGGAGGGUUGGGGAGUAAAUGACAGUUUGAUAUAGGUUUUUUUGGAGGGGAAAGGGUCGAAAGGAGUCUCUCUCUCUCUCUCUCUCUCUCUCUCUCUCUCUCUCUCUCU